GCUCCAGGAUAAGGAUGACCCUUUCUGGGAUCCUGUCUGUUUGGAGAGGGAGGUAGGCAUAGCACGGAUCUUCCUGGAGUCUCUCACGAUGCAGUUAGAGAACGAGCUGGAUGCCAAGGUGAUGUCGUCAUCAACAGGAUGCCCGGUGGGGACACUCAAGUGCGCUGUGUGGCCUCUGUCGAAAGAUGGUAGUAGUACUACUGUACCCGAUGAGGAGGUGGGGGAGGAGGAUUGA